AGGGCUGUGGAAAACAAGAGGCUAUCAAGUACAUUGGAAGCGACCCAUUCGGCUGUUGCGAACCUAGAGAGUGAUCUGAGCGCCUGCCUCCAUCGUCGCCCGUCGCUAGCGGCUGCUUCUCUUUCCUCUUCGUCUCCACCAGGGACCGUUGCCGCAGCCAUGGGCAAAGGCGACCCCAAUAAGCCCCGGGGCAAAAUGUCCUCCUAUGCUUAUUUCGUUCAAACGUGCCGUGAAGAGCACAAGAAAAAACACCCGGACUCUUCGGUCAACUUUUCCGAGUUCUCCAAGAAAUGCUCCGAGCGAUGGCGGACAAUGUCUGCAAAAGAAAAGUCUAAGUUUGAAGAUAUGGCGAAGGGUGACAAAGUUCGUUAUGACAGAGAGAUGAAAAACUAUAUUCCUCCUAAAGGGGAGAAGAAGAAGAAAAAGGACCCAAAUGCUCCCAAAAGACCACCAUCAGCUUUCUUCCUGUUUUGUUCUGAACAUCGUCCAAAGAUAAAAACUGAUCAUCCAGGAUUGUCUAUUGGGGACACAGCGAAAAAAUUAGGUGAAAUGUGGUCUGAGCAAACUGCUAAAGACAAACAACCUUUUGAGCAGAAGGCUGCAAAGCUAAAGGAAAAAUAUGAGAAGGAUGUUGCAGCAUAUCGUGCCAAGGGUAAGAGUGAUGCAGGGAAGAAGGGUCCAGGUAGGCCAGCAGGUUCCAAGAAGAAGGCAGAACCUGAAGAGGAGGAUGAAGAAGAGGAAGAAGAGGAGGAGGAGGAAGAAGAGGACGAAGAAGAGGAUGAAGAAGACGAAGAGUAAAGUUGUGACCUGCUGUAAAGAUUUGUGCUCAAAAGUCCAUGAUUUUGCUAAGAAUGUGAAGUCGAGUGCAGCUCAUUGUUAGCUUCAGUAUAAAAACUGUACAGAAUUGUGUAUAGGUAAUGUGAUUCUCAGUAGGGAGACCUGUAUUCUAAUGUAAGUAGUAGCAAAAGGCCACUACUGUUAGAUUUAAAAGCUGGUAUUGUCAAAUGUUCUGGCAUAUUUAAUGGUUCUUUGAAAUUCAGUGACUGCUUGAUUUUGAGCAAAGUAAAAACCAUGGUAGGAAAAUAGUCAACCUUGUCUUGCAUACUAUUGCAUUGUAUUACUUUUUUAACAAUUUUGUAAUAAAAUGAUGUACAUUAUUCUUGUUACUAUACUGUAGUGUAAUUACUCAGGGUUGAAAUGGCUAAGUUGUAAGUUUUAGCAUAUACCAGAAAUAAUAACAUUAAGGGUGUUUACAACUAAACAGGCUGAUAAAUAUUUCCACUUCUGGGAAUGGGGAAUUAGUACAAGCAAAUUCUCAUUUUCUCGGCUGUGCACUGAACAUCAGCUGACAAGUGUAUCACAAGCCUUUAAACAGCUGGCUUGUAACAUGGGCUUGCUGUAUGGAAAAACCUUGUAUAGUAUGCCUAGGGCAACAAAGUCUAUAAGAGAUACUAAAAUCCCAGAAAUAUACUUUUCUAGAGGUUGCUUAGUUGUAGCACAAUGAAGCCAUAAACCCAGCUGGGAUGUCUGGUUCUACCUGGGAAGCCAGAUGUUUGUCUCAAGCUUGGCAAUGCUGUAGUACAAGUUACAGUGUUUGAGAGCCACUUCUCCCCCUGUACCUUACAGUUUCACAGAAAAUUUAUUGUGGCUUUUGAUGUUAUGGAUGUUGCUUUAGAGAGCUGCAUGUGUCAAAUUUAUAUCACUAGCUAUUUUGGUAUCAACAGGCUUGUGGUUCCUUUGUGGGAAAUGCUGUUUUCUGUUUUCUAAAGUGCUCCAAAUAUAAAAGCAGACCAGGAAAGGUUUAGAUUGCACUUGCUUUCAAGAAUAGGUGCCUUGCUGCUUUCAUCUCAGUUACUGUCUGGUAUGUUUUCUUUUUUAAAAAAAUACAUCCCUGAAUACAGGAUUGUGGGGGCAAUUAUGAGUUUGCUACCGGUAUAUUUGGGCAGGGGAAACAUACAGCUAGAAUGGGAGGAGCUAACUUUGGCUCAAGAUACAUGGGGAUUCUCUUAGUAUGAUGUGCGCUUCUAUACUGCUAGAACUGACCUUUCAUAUGUAGCAGCUGCCUCAAUUGUGAAAAUUCCAGCUGGUAUGAGUUGGUACUGAGUGGUUAACCUCACAUACUGAAAUGUAUGCUAGAUCUUUAAAAAUCAAAAAAUACUAAUUUGGAUGUGGGUUGGCAGCUUCAUUACCUAUGCAAUAAAGAUUGAUAUUUGGUUUUUUUAA